AUGUUCGAGGCGAAUAACCUUCAUUUUCCAGACGAGUUUUAUCAUCUUCCUGAUUGUAUAAAUGUUAUACCUGUUCAAAGAAUUUCUUCUACUUUAGUUUUUGUAAAGUCAACUAAUCAACAAGUUAAUCCUAAUACAAACAACUCUCAGUUUAAUUCAUUUACACCAUCUCAACCAUUUGGACUACAACAAAAAACAAAUACUGUAGCUGAUCUUUCAAUUCCUGCUAACCCAAGUACUUUUAAACAAAUCCAAAUGGAAGAAGAACCAUUUUCUCAAAUAACAGAUUUACAACAAACUGUUCCAAAUGGAGGACAUGCUUUAGAUAUACCAGAAACAAGGUUCACUGAAAUAGAAAAACCUGCUGUAGAAAUGAAAUAUUUAAAUCCAGUUAGUGGAGAAAAAUUUGACCCAGUUGAUAAAAACCAAUUUAAAGAAAUGCUUUCCAGUACUUUUAUUCAAACAAAAAAGGAUUUAACAUCUCCUCAACCAAAAUAUCCAACACCUCAACAACCAGUUGAUUUAUUAAAUGCAAAAGCUCCUAAAUACUCUCCAAAAACAUCUCCUAAUACUUAUAAAAAUUCACCAAACAUCGAACUUUCUCCUGCUAUUCAAAAAAAAUAUCCUAAACUUGCAAAACCAAAUCAACCAUUGGGAAGUCCAAGUCAACUAACCCGUAGUGGUAUUACUAAUUCACCAUAUGGAACUCAUAAAAAAUUAUAUCAACAAGCAUCCUCUCCAGUAUUAUCUCCUAUUGGAAAACCACAAAUAAAAACUUCAGGAUCAACACAAAUUAAACCAAGUGCAAUUACAAGUAUCGAAGAAAAGUUUAAAAGAAUUAAUUCACAGCAUAACACUACACCAAUUCCUAGUGUUAAAUCAUCUCAUUCAAUUAGAGACGAUUUUAAUUUUUCUAAACCACAAAACCAUUCAAGACCACCAAAAACUGCUCAAGCAAUUAUCGAAGAAAAGAAAGAACAACCAAGUUAUCCAAUCAGUGAUUAUUAUAACAGUGAUGAAGAUGCUCGUAGUCGUAAUAGAACUGCUAAAGCAUAUUUACAAAUGGACUGGACAAAAAAAGGCAAUUUAACACCAUUAAUAAAUAGGGCAGAUGGAGAUGAUCCAGCAAGAAUCUUCCAAAUGGCACCAAUUGUUAUAGGUGAUGAAACAGAAUUCAUUGGAGAUUCUAGUAAGCAACAACAAAGAAGAAAUAGGUCAAUGGCUUGGAAAUAA